GUCAUGGAUGAACGAGCAGAACUCACCUGACCGUGCGCAUGCGUACUCCACCUCACAAAUCAAAUAUGGCGGCUCCGGUUUGACGAUAUCGUCUGUGCAGACAAGUUUCUCCCCGAUUUCACCGAUUCUGGUGGAUUUUACAUCUUCUUCCGUGGCCCGCCGGCGCCUAGGACAACAACAUGACGACAGCGGAGCUUUAUACUAAGGGAGCCCAGGUGUGGGUGCCCCACCCUGAGCUGGUAUGGCAGGGGGCGGAGCUCACCAAGGACUACAAACCUGGGGACAAGGAGAUGCACCUGGAGACAGAGGAGGAGAGGGAGACAAUUGUGAAGAAAAUGAAGUCAGACGAAGACCUUCCACCGUUGAGAAACCCGGACAUCCUGGUGGGUCAGAACGACCUGACGUCUCUCAGCUACCUGCACGAGCCGGCCGUCCUGUACAACCUACAGGUCCGCUUCCUGCAGAACAAUGCCAUCUAUACAUACUGUGGUAUCGUGCUGGUGGCCAUCAAUCCGUACGAGCAGCUUCCGUUGUACGGUAAUGAGAUGGUGAUGGCGUACACGGGACAGGACAUGGGCGCCAUGGACCCACACAUCUACGCUGUGGCCGAGGAAGCCUUCAGGCAGAUGCAAAGAGAUGAGAGAAACCAGUCCAUCAUUGUGAGUGGGGAAUCGGGCGCGGGAAAGACGGUGUCGGCAAAGUACGCCAUGAGAUACUUCGCUACGGUGGGAGGGUCGUCAGACGACAUGGAAGCCAGCAUCGAACAGAGAGUGCUCGCCUCCAAUCCUAUCAUGGAGACCAACUGGAGCCAGUUCCUUAGUGUAGGGGAGUACACGGCGGAAACCGCCAUCGAGAGAAAAGUGCUGGCGUCAAAUCCCGUUAUGGAGGCCAUUGGUAAUGCCAAGACCAUCAGAAAUGACAACAGCAGUCGUUUCGGCAAGUACAUCCAGAUCGGCUUCAACAAGAACUACACCAUCAUCGGCGCCAACAUGCGCACGUACCUGCUGGAAAAGUCGCGUAUCGUGUUCCAGGCGGAGAACGAGAGAACCUACCACAUCUUCUACCAGCUGUGUGCCGCCGCAGACCUGCCAGAGUUCGAGGACUUCUGUCUUAGUGACCCCAUGAACUUCAACUACACCAACCAAGGUGGAGACCCAGUUAUUAAGGACCUGGAUGACUUGGAAGAGUUCCACAACACCAAACAGGCUAUGUCAUUGCUAGGAUUCUCGGACAAGAUUCAGCAGGAAAUCUUCAGAAUACUGGCUGCUCUGCUGCACUUGGGUAACAUUGAAGUGGACGAGAACUUUAAGGACUCCGAGAAGUGUUAUAUAGACCCUGAGAACCCCCACCUGUACGCAGUAGCAGAGCUGCUGGGAGUGGACAUGAACCAGUUCAGGAAGUGGAUGUGUAACAGGAAGAUCACAGCUGUGCACCAAGUCAUCGAGAAACCUCUCAGGUCAUCAGAGGCCAUGCAUGGCCGAGAUGCCCUAGCUAAGUUCCUGUACGGCCAGCUGUUUGACUGGAUCGUGUCAAAGAUCAACACCGUGCUGACCCCUCAGGCCAAGGAGAACUCCUUCAUCGGGGUGCUGGACAUCUAUGGGUUUGAAGUGUUCGAAGUGAACAGCUUUGAGCAGUUCUGUAUCAACUAUGCCAACGAGAAGCUUCAACAGCAGUUCACUCAGCAUGUGUUUAAGCUGGAGCAGGAAGAAUACGUGCGGGAAGAGAUCACCUGGUCGUUUAUCGACUACUACGACAACCAACCCUGCAUCGACCUGAUCGAGGCGAAACUUGGUCUGCUGGAUUUACUUGAUGAGGAGUGCAAGCUUCCUAAAGGCUCGGACCAGAACUGGUGCCAGAAGCUUUACGACAAGCACCUGAAGAAAGCCAAGCACUUCGACAAGCCCCGCAUGUCCAACUCUGCCUUCAUCAUCUAUCACUUUGCUGACAAGGUGGAAUACCAAGCUGAAGGUUUCCUUGAGAAAAACAGAGACUUGGUCAACGAGGAACAUAUCAAUAUACUCCGAGCGAGCGAGAAGUUCCAACUAGUUGCCGACCUGGUAUCCACGAAAGGCGGACUUCCAGCGCCGCCCCCUGCCAAGAAAGGGAAGAUCACCAUGAAACAUCUCCCUCAGAAACACAAGCAGCCCAGCAAAGAGAUGAGAAAGACUGUCGGCUUACAGUUCAAGGAAUCGCUAUGCUUGCUCAUGGAAACCCUCAACUCCACCACUCCACACUACGUCAGAUGCAUCAAACCCAACGAUGAGAAGAGGGCUUUCACGUUUGAGCCCAAGCGAGCGAUGCAGCAGCUGAGGGCCUGUGGUGUACUGGAGACCAUCCGUAUCAGCUCUGCAGGUUACCCAUCCAGAUGGACGUACCCUGAGUUCUUCCAGCGUUACCGUGUCCUGAUGGUGUCCACAGAGAUCAACCGAGAAGACAUGAAGAACACCUGUGCUACUGUCGUCUCACGACUCAUCAAGGACCCAGACAAGUUCCAGUUCGGUAAGACGAAGAUCUUCUUCCGCGCGGGACAAGUUGCGUACAUGGAGAAGCUGCGGUCCGAUAAGCUUCGAGCAUGCAGCAUCAUGAUCCAGAAGCAUAUCCGGGGCUGGCUGAUGAAGAGGCGCUAUCAGAAGCUGAAGCAGCUUGCUCUGUGGCUCCAACAGCGCACCCGGGGAAUACUGGCCAGAAGAUACCUGAAGUGGAUGCGUGAGACCAAGGCUGCAACUACAAUCCAGAAACGUUUCCGUGGAUAUUUGGCACGAAGCCGCUACCUCAAGAUGCGCUGGACCAUCCUGCGUAUUCAGGCAUGGGGCCGAGGGAAGUUCGCCAGGAUUCGCUUCCUGCAGUUGCGAUACGAAGUCAAGGCCCGACUGAUCCAGCGCGCGUGGCGGGGAUACGUGGCUCGGAAACGCUACUGGCAUGAGAUGCAGUCCAUCAUCCUCAUCCAGAGCUGCUGGCGACGCUGGCUCGCCAAGAAGGAGCUCAAGAAACUCAAGAUCCAGGCCAAAUCUGUGGACCACUACAAGAAACUUAACAAAGGAAUGGAGAACAAGAUCAUUGAUCUGCAAAGGAAACUCAACGAACAGAACAAGGAGUCCAAAGAGCUCCAUAAGAAGGUGGAGGUCAUCCAAGACUUGCAGACACAAGUGACGGAACUUAAGAAGACAGAAGAAGUGGCAAAGGUCUCCUCCAACAAGGUGCAUGAACUUGAAGAUGAGAUCACCAAACUUAAGGCCGAGCUGGACCUCACCAAGAAGGAGAAACAGAUGCUGGAAGAAGAGGGAGAAAUUUACAAAGAAGAGCAGGAAAUGUUGAACACAGCACUGAAGGCAGAAAUAGACAGACUGGCCACAGAGAAUAAAGAACUUAUGGAGAAGGUAGCACUGCAAGAGGAGGAGUUCCAAGCUGCACAUGUUCCAGAGUUAGAACUGGAGAAACAGGAGCUGGAGGAAGAGUUAGCUCAAGAAAGAUCACAGCAUCAACAGUUGAUCAAGGACUAUGCGCGUAUGGAGCAGAGAUAUGAGAACCUGCGGGAUGAGAUGACUCUGCUGCAGCAGGGGAAAGUUGGUGACAUGGACUCUGCCGUGCCCAGUCCCCGCAUGCACCGCCGCGCCGGCUCUGACGUCAGCAGUGUCGACCUGAACUCCGAGUCAGGCUAUGGAACCAUCGGGAAGGGCGAGGGCGAGGAACAGGACUCACCAAAGGCGCCUCCCCGCGUGAAAAGCCUUAAGAAACACGCGCAGGAACUUGAGGGUGAAAACCAGAGACUUAAAGUCAUGGUGGAAGCUCUUGACGAGGAGAAGGCUCGCAUGGAAACCAUGUUGGAGGCGGAGACAGGGUCAGAGGUCGGCAUCCUGGUUGGCCUACAGAAGAAGUUGGAAGCCCUGCAGCGGGAAAACCAGAAACUGGCGGCUUUAGCGGAGGGGAAAGAGCUGCCCAAGGACAAGGAUGAGGAAAACCAGGCUGAGGUCAUGGCACGACUUCAAAAACGCCUGGAAGAGGUGGAAAGCGAGCGAAAGAAACUCGAAGACCUCCUUGAGGAAAAAGAAAAGGAAGUGAAAGAACAACAGGCGGACUUAGUGGAUGGUGGCCCAGAAGUCAGGCGGGAAUUUGCCAUCCUUCAGAGGAUGAUAGAAGUGCUUGAGGGAGAUAACGAAGCACUCUUGGAUGACCUCAAGUCCAAGGAAAAGAUUGCACUCGAGAACGAAGCCCUCAAGAAAAACAUCACCACACUCGAAGCCGAUAACAAAAACCUUUUGGAAAACAUCAAAGCAAAGGAACAAUCCCUGCUUGAAAAGGAGGAAGCUUUAGACCAAUAUGUGGAGGAGGGAGGACGUAUGGAAUAUGAACUGGAAGACUUCCAGAAAAGUCUGGGGGAAAUGAGAACAAUGUUCCAAGAAGAAGCCGUGGAAAAAUCCAAACAGCUCAUUUCCAAGCAGGAGACUAUUGACAGAUAUGUGGCACGGGAAGCAGAACGCGAAGAAACGAUAAAACUGCUCCAAGAACAGCUAGCUCUUCUGACAGGGAAGAUAGAAGUUAUGUCAGGGUAUCUCCAGGACAUGGAGUUUGAGUUUAAAGAAACCACGACUAAGUUAGAGGAAGAGAAGAGGGCAGCUGUGAAUGAGUUAGAGAGUCAGAUGGAAGAACUAGCACUAGAGAAGGACACCUUAGAUGCUGUGAUGGAGAAGAAGGAAAGAGAGGCAGAAGAAAUGAGACAAAAGAUGGCACAAGAAAAAGAUAGCGUUGUGACCGAAAUGCAGGAGGAGCUAGAGAAUAUUCUAGCAGAGAAACAGAAGUUGAAAAUGAAAAUAGAGGAUAAAGAGCAGGAGAUGGCAGAAACUGCCCAGAAGUUAGAAGAAGAAAAGGAAGAAGAGUUAGCCAGGGUUCAGGAACAUCUCGAAGCAGUCGAGACAGAGAAGGAAAACAUAAGGAGGGAGAUGGCUAAGAAAGACAUUGUGAUGAAGGAGAAGUUGUGGAAACUAGAGGAAGAAAAGAAAGCCUUAGUUGCAGAGUACCAAGACGAGCUAGAACGUCUUACAGAUGAUGCUGACGUUCUUGAUGCUUUACUCGAGAAAAAGAAUCAAGAAAUGGUUGACGUUGAAAACAAAUUGAAAACCGAAAAGUCUAGUGCAGUGUCAGAGCUACAGGAAGAGCUAGAAGCUAUUCAGUUCCAAAGAGAAAAGUUAAAAGCUGCUCUAGACGAGAAAGAAGUAGCCAUGGCUCAAACAGCUAUUAAGUUACAGGAGGAGAAAGACAGGGACCUUAAGAAGGUAGUGAGUGAGUUAGAGAAGGAGAAGGAAAAGUUUGAGGCAGCGGUAGGAGAAAAGGAGAGUGAGAUAGUGAAAACGAAGGAAGAGCUCCGUGCUGAAAAGGAAGCGGCUCUGUCCGAGAUGCAGCGACAGAUGAAUGAGAUAAUAGGGGAGAAGGAAAAGUUGUCCACGAGCCUGAGCGAAAAGGAGAAGGAAAUUGUGGAAAGCGUGCAGAAGCUCAAAGCUGAGAAGGAGGAAAGGGAGGCAAAAUUGCUCUCCGAAAUAAGCGCCCUUCGGAAACAGGUACAGGACAUGGAAGCUAAGUAUCGCGAAGACAUGGAACAAAAGGAACAUGAGGUCAAAGCUAAAGAGGAAACGAUAGACAGUCACAAGGCCCAGGCGGUUACACAAGAAUCAACCGUGCACGUCCUUAUGCACCAAAUCAAAACCCUCACUAAAAGAAUCGCCUCCAUGGAAGACAAAAUCGAUGACAUGGAGUUUGAGUUCCAAGAGAAAACUGAGAAACUCGAGGGAGAAAAACAGUCAGCUGUAACCGAGUUAGAAACACAACUCAAAGAACUGUCAGGACAAAAAGACUCCAUGGAGAGUUUGCUAAAGAGUAAAGAACGAGAAAUCACAGAAGCUCAGGAGAAGAUAAAGACUGAAAAUGUGGGAAUGGUUGCAAAACUUCAGGAAAGACUAGAAACCAUGCUUGCAGAGAAAGUAGCUCUCAGCCAAACGAUAAAAAAGAAAGACGCUGACAUGGCAGAUAUGGUUAGGAAGCUUGAAGACGAGAAAGAACAGGCCAUAAAUGAAGUAAAGGAACAGUUAAGGAGAGCAAGAGAAGAACAAGAAGGCCUUAAGAACGUGUUAGGAAAGAAGGAAGCAGAGUUGUCAGAAAGAGUCAGGAAGAUGGAGGAAGAAAAGCGAUCUUUGAUAUCACAGUUUCAGGACCAGUUGGACAAACUUUCAGACGAGAAAGACAUCUUGGAUGCCUUGUUAGAGAAGAAAGAACAAGAAAUGGUAGAAACCAAACAAAAGUUAGAAGAAGAGAAGUCAGGAACUGUGUUCAAACUAAAACAAGAGCUGAAUGAUAUUUCAAGAGAGAGGGAGAUGUUACAAGCUGCUAUCCAUGAAAAAGAACUGAGUAUGGCCGAAACUUCUCAAAAGCUUGGCAUCCAAAAGGAAUCGGCUGUCGCUGAGGUAAAAGAACAGCUAGAAGCUGUGAAGAAAGAGCGGGAAAAAUGGAAGAAAGCGCUAGAAAAGAAGGAACGAGACAUGACAAAUAGAAUAACAAGAUUAGAAGAAGAGAAGGAGAAUCUGGCAACAAAGUAUGAGAAGGAGGUUGAGAAGUUGGUUGAUGAUAGGGACAUGCUAGAAGCACAGAUGGAGAAAAAAGAUGCAGAAAUGGUGGAAACUCAGAGAACUCUAGAGGAAGAAAAGGCACAGGCAGUGAGAAGGGUUUCACAGGACCUCAAAAUCAUCAUCUCAGAGAGAAUGAAACUGAAGAUAGCCAUUCAAGAAAAAGAGCAGAUGAUGGCUGACGCCUCAGAUAAGCUAAAGGAUGAGAAAGAAAAGGAGAUUAGUGGGCUCCAAACAGAGUUAGACCAAAGAGCUGAAGAGAAGGAAAAACUACAGGUAGCACUAGAGAGAAAAAACAGCGAGGUCUCAAAAACAAAGAAGCAGCUAAACGCAGAAAAACAGGCAGCCAUUCGCACACUCAAAAGACAGCUUAGCGGCAUCAUUCAGGAAAAACAGAAGCUUCAGAAAGUCAUAGUACAGAAAGAAAAGGAAAUCUCCCAGAGUAUGAAGAAAAUACAGACCCAGGAUCAGGCUGUUAUCAGUGAACUCCAGAGGAAAGUGGAUGAGAUAACUGGAGUGAGGGAUAAGCUUCAGGCAGCCAAUGAAAAAGAGGUGUCCAAUGCUGUGCAGGCACUCGAAGAUGCUAUUUCCCAUAUGGACACUGAGGAAGAGAAGGAGAAGAAGCGUCUGCACUUACUGAACCUCCAAAACCACGUCACCAAACUGGAACAGGAGAACAAGGACCUUCAGGAAGCCCUGGAUGUCGCUAAGAUGAAGAGAUUCGAUAUUGCCAACCUUCCUGAGGAGAUGAGCGAUCUGGUAGAGGAGAACAAAAAACUGAAGAACGAUAUCAGCAACUUACGGCAGGCGGUCGCGGACAGUAAUACCGAGGAAGAGUUAGUCAAACAGCUGGACGUGCUCACGGAAGAGCUCAUGGUUCGAAGGGAGGAAGUUCUGACCCUGAAGACGUCCAUGGUGGACCAGAACAUAGAGAACAGCGACCAGUGGGAUAAGGAGACCAUGACAGACCUGGACCUGUACCUGUACCCACCUGAGUACCUGGAGUCACUGAAUGAAGAUGGGGAGCUCAUGCAGGCAUAUCUCACACAGAAGGAAACCAACAGAUUACUAGAGGCUCAGAUGCAGGCUUCCAAAAAGAACGCAGAGUUCCAAGAACAGGAGCUGAGAAAUGAGAUCGCUGCUCUGAAGGAAGAGAACAUCAGACAACAGAAGCUUCUGGGACAGCAGACAGAUAGGCGAGAUAGUGCUUGGUCAGUCCACUAUGUUCCAGAUGUCGACCAUUCUAACUUGCAGCUGACUCCGGAGGCCAGAAUAGAGGCCAACCUGCAACACGAGAUCACCAGACUAACAGCAGACAACCUGGAUCUGCGUGAGGAAGUAGAGAACCACGACAAACAGGUCCGAAGACUUAAGAAACAGAUCAAGAUCCUGAUGAAGAGACAGAACAUGCAGGGUGGUGAUCAGUCUGCUCUAACACCGGAUGCUGGAUCAGAACCGUCACCAAAGGAAGAUGAGGGAGGUCCUCAUGUGAAAACUAAGGACGACAGAGUCUUCAUGGGCAUGUUGGAGUACAGGAAGGAGGAUGAACAGAAACUCAUCAAGAAUCUCAUCAUAGACCUGAAGCCCAAGUCAGCUGUAAACAUGCUGCCAGGCCUGCCAGCGUACAUCCUGUUCAUGUGCAUCCGACAUGCUGACUACAUCGGAGACGACAACAAGGUCAAGUCUCUCCUCACUGGAACCAUCAACGGCAUCAAGAGAGUCCUGAAGAAGCGGAAUGAAGAUUUUGAGACGGUGUCUUUCUGGCUGGCCAACACCUGCAGACUCCUGCACAACCUGAAGCAGUACAGUGGAGAGGAGUCCUUUGCCAACCAGAACAACAAACAGCAGAACGAACACUGUCUGCGAAACUUUGACCUGACGGAGUACAGACAGGUGCUGAGUGACCUGGCCGUGCACAUCUACCAGAUGAUGAUUAAAAUCAUGGAGAGCAAACUACAGCCCAUGAUAGUGCCAGGGAUGUUGGAACACGAGGCUAUUCCGGGGGUUUCUGGUGGAGCCCGACCUUCAGGCAUGAGGCAGCGCACUCAGAGUAUCUCUGACGAGAUGGGCGGGAGGUAUACUCUCAACUCCAUACUCAAACAGCUGUCGGUGUUCCACAGUAUCAUGACGACCCACGGCAUGGACCCUGAGCUGGUCAAACAGACCUUCCGCCAGACCUUCUACAUCAUCGGGGCCGGCACCCUCAACAACCUGCUGCUCAGGAAGGAGAUGUGCCAUUGGUCAAAGGGCAUGCAGAUCAGAUACAACGUGAGCCAGCUGGAGGAGUGGUGCCGUGACCACCACCUGUCGGACAGCGGAGCCAUCCAGUCCCUGGAGCCGGUCAUCCAGGCCGCACAGCUCCUGCAGGUCAACAAGAAGACUGAGGAGGACGCCAAGGCCAUCUGUGACACCUGCAAGAAACUCAGCAGCCAACAGAUCAUCAAAAUCCUGAACCUGUACACUCCAGUCAACGAGUUUGAAGAGCGAGUGUCCAUCUCCUUCAUACGGAUCAUUCAGGCCCGGCUCAAGGAGCGCAAGGACACCCAGAGCACCCUCCUCCUGGACACCAAGUUUUCUUACCCCGUCACUUUCCCUUUCAACCCCUCAUCACUCCAGCUCGACUCCAUCCAGCUCCCAGAAGCUCUUAACGUCACCUUCUUAAGAAAAGUAUAAGGAAAUCCUGCAUGCAGCGGUGUUACACGUCAUCUCAUAAGCAAACCACCCCUCCGUUAGAAUGGUUCUUCCCAGAUUUAUCUUGGAGUAAGUUUAACAGUGGCCACGUCCACUUUCUACAAAGGGGUGGCCACAGCGGAUAGUCAGCACAUACAAUUGAAAGUAGAUACAAUGUACGUAGAUGAAACAUUCUGUACCAGAGUGGUCUCCAACUUGCACCAUUUAACCAAUGAGCACUCAGGACACAGUAGAAGAUAUUGUUACAGAUCGAUCAUUGUGAUUGGUUGGUUGGUACAAUGUUUCAGGUGGUGUGAUAGGGUAUGGAUGAUCUGAGCUAUCCAAUCAGGCUUCAGUUUACAUGUAGCUUGUACCAUCACCUUUUUGUGACUAAGAGUAUGUGAUAUUUGUGUGUAGAGGGACAUUUGCACAGUAAUUAGAGAUGGAAAGGCAUGUACAGGUGAAAAUGGAGCUGGAAAUACAAUCUUUGGGGAAAAAAGCCAUUUUAGGAUAGGUCCAAUUAGAUAAUGCAAAUGAGUAUUGGCUCUUGCCACUUACUUGCACAGCAAGAAUGAUUCUAUGGUAGGAAAGCUAAGGUUAUGGUCAAACAUAGUUUGUCAUUUAUGUAGCAUUUUAUAGCACUCACUGUUUGUAUUUCAGUGAUGUCAGAAUAAUGUGUGUAGAUAUGGCUGAGCACAUGGUAUCAUCUGCAAAAAUGUACGUCUUCUUGCCAUUUCAAAGUUCCUGAUUUUGCUUACAAAUUCUAUGUCAUGGUAAAGUUGUGUCCUAUAUACACAACGUAAGUUUUGUAUAUAGGACAAUAACUAUUGUUAUUUGAUAUGCUAUACAAGGUAUAUGUUUUUAGCCGAGGUCUAAACAAUUUGGACCUAAUAGAUCAUAAUCAUGGUACAUUUCAUCACAUUGUAGUAACAUGGUUCAUUUUGCUACUUUAAAUUACACACUUUAAUAGUGUUACCUUUAGUGGUCCGUGUACUGUAAACCUAAUUAAAUUUACCAUGUGCUUUUUAUGAUAUGUUACAACAGAUCGGUGAAACACCUUUGCUUGCCACAGAGUAGAAGUACUUCAAAAUCUUAUUUCAAAUUAAUAUGAGAAAAGACAGAUUUCUGAGCAAAAAAAAUACAGGACAUGUUAUCUAAUAUAUUCAUUAUGUAUGGAUAUUAAAUCAAGAUAUAUAGACAAGGAUAGUCUAUGCUUUGUAUAGCAAGGUGAGGAAGAAUUUUUCAUUGUUUUAGAGAGAUUGUAGUAAAUUUGUGGCUGAUGUACAUGGAAUAUUCUAUCUGCAUGAAUCAAGAAGACUGAUUGUCAAGAGGAGGUUUAGGAAAAUGUUCCUCUAGUGUGUGAUUGUGCAAUUCUAACAUUACAAAAGUAUUGUUACUGAUGGGGAAAAAGAUUUGAUAUUGUGCAAUGAAUUCUACUGAUUAGGAAGAAGAUAUGACAAGUUAGAAUGUUGAUGGCAACAUUAGAAGUCACUGUGUAUUGUCGGGAACUUACUUGAAACACAUUCUCCUUUUGUGUCGUGGGUAACUAUUGUUGAAUGUGAUUUUGCUGGCAACUGUUGCUAGCAGUAGUUUCCCUCUAUCAGAAACUGUAGUUCAAAAAGUCUCCAAAAUAGAGUCAUUUUAACUUAGCUUGAAGCAAUCUUGAAAACGUUCAUGACCAAAAGUUAAGUAUGAUGCAGCUUUGAAACUACACAUUGUAACAGGAGAGUUGUUUAGAGUGUAGUCGUGAAUAUGCAAUAGCUAAUGCUAACUGACACUCUCUUGCAGAUUUAUAAAUGUGUUCUUGUGGGUUUUACUUGAUGUAAAAACAUUGCUGCAAAUGUGGGAUGGGUUUAAUAUGCAAGUAGUCCUUCUGUGGGCAGUAGCAUUGAUCGUAAGUAUGAUUUACAUACAAAAUGGUUUGGGUUUGUCUUCAGUUUGUAUUGUGCUAAGAAAAUUAUUUUGCUAUCUAUGUUUUUUUGUACAAAACCCGGGAGGUUUAUGUUAAUUGAAAUGUGGCAUUUCCCGCUCCUAACACCAUUCAAAAUAUUUGAACCUUGACCUCCAUGGUCAUCAUCCAAUCAAAACACAGCACCAUAACUGACGGUUUAUCACCAUACAUUACAGAAUGGUGUAUAUCAACAAUAGAUAACGGUUUGUUGCAGCCAUAUAAUAUGCCAUUUCAUUGCCCAGCUUGAAAAAAUAGGACACUACAUUGUUAGAUAUAAAAAGUAUUUAAUAGAAACAUCUAGAACUUGUUUUCUGCCCCAAAAAUAAGCACAUUGAGUCUGUGACUAUAUAACCAAAGUGAUCCAUAAUUACGUACUGUGCUAUUUAUACAAUGCAGUAUAUGUUUGAGCCGGGAAUCCUCUUGUGUAUAUUGGGUAACGGGUGCUGUUCUUGUGGAUUGAUUCCUAUAUUUAUCGGGGAAACAGGUGAAUAAUAUCCUGAUAUUUAUGAAUAUGAAUGUAGAGAGUUGAUCUUUGAGUUUUUUGUGAUGAAAACUUGCAGUAGAUGCUGUUGAUUUGUAUAUGUUACCAUGGCAAAUAUGUGUGAUGCAGUCAAUCAUGAGAUAGAUUAAUACACAUUGGAGAAGUAC